AUGCUGUCGUCACUGUCCAAGCUGAUCAGGGGCCACGUCGCUGUCUGCGACAUGGCAACAAUUCGACGACACGACAUGACAACAACAGGGCACGACCACAACAGAACGACACCACCGGGGACGAGGACGGUGCCACGUCACGACGCAACCACGACCGCCCACCGACGAAGUCGAGCACCCACCAACAUCAACGACCACCCAGGAAGACGACCACCCACGAAGACAAGCGCCCACGACACGACAACGACCAAAUCCGCCCACCCACGAAUGACGCCCACCGCCCCACACGGCCCCACCGCCCACGAACGCCCACCCACAACAACGAAUGCCCACGACAUGACAACGAACGCCCACGAAUGCCCAUGCAUGACAACGAACGCCUACGCACGACAAAGAACGCCCACGAGCGCAAUGCGCAAACAACAACGCGAAGACGAACGAAAUGGCAGCCCAGCCCCACGGACGCCAAUACAGCACACCACGCACGACCGACGACCCAGAGCGCCCACGGAUGAAGACGCGCGCCCACACACGGAGGAUUCCGCUCGCGUGAACGGAAAUGGGCAACGACGAGCCCAGGUGAGCUCCCCCUCCCUCCAUCACUCCACACCACCACCCCCUUCAUUAUUCCACCAUUAUUCCACACACCACUCCCUCUAUCACUCCCCUCCAUCUGUUGCUCCCCCUCUCUCUGUUGCUACCCCUCCCUCUGUUGCUCUCCCUCCCAUUUCUCCCCCCCCUUCAUCACUCCCCCUCCUAUUACUCCCCUUCCAUCCAUUCCCACCCCUCCCUUCAUCACUCCCUCUCCCCUCCAUCACUCCCUACACCCUCCCCCCUCCAUCACUUCCCCUGUCUUCCUCCUCCCUUAAAUAUUGA